CGAUUUCAGGGCUUCAGCAGAAGAAGAGGAAGAUAACGAGAGAGAAGAUGCAGAUAUUCGUGAAAACCCUAACGGGGAAGACAAUAACCUUAGAGGUAGAGAGCAGUGACACCAUUGACAACGUCAAAGCUAAGAUUCAGGACAAGGAAGGAAUCCCACCGGAUCAGCAGCGAUUGAUCUUCGCCGGAAAGCAGCUUGAAGAUGGGCGAACUCUUGCUGACUACAACAUCCAGAAAGAAUCCACUCUUCAUCUUGUGCUGAGGCUUCGUGGAGGGAUUAUAGAGCCGUCUCUGAUGGCUUUGGCACGCAAAUACAAUCAAGACAAGAUGAUUUGCCGCAAAUGUUAUGCUCGCCUUCAUCCAAGGGCUGUAAACUGUCGGAAGAAGAAAUGCGGCCAUAGCAAUCAGCUGAGGCCUAAGAAGAAGAUCAAGUGAGCUCUGGGUGGCUGUUGGUUUUGUGCUUUGGAUUAAUAUUGAUUUGUAAUUUUGAUGAGGCAAGCAACUGGUUUACAUUUGAAUGAAAUCCGUUGAUCAAUUUUGGGUUACA